GCGGCGCCCGUUUUUUGGAUUAUAAUCCCGCCGCGGAGAUGUUGCUGUUUCCCAUCCUGUGGUUUCUGCCCUGGGCCGGAGCGGCGCCCCCCGUCACCACCGAGCAGCUGGACACGGGGGUGGAUUGGCUGAGUAAGUUUGGUUACCUCCCGCCCCCUGACCCAGUGACUGGUCAACUUCAAACCAAGGAGGCGCUCACCAAGGCCAUUAAAGCCAUGCAGAAGUUUGGAGGGCUGGAGGAGACCGGCGUCUUCGACCAGGCCACACUGGGUCUAAUGAAGACUCCCAGGUGUUCUCUACCUGAUGUUUUAGAAACAGGAGGGAUGACGGGGAGGAGGAGACGAGCCCUGCCCCCACAGAACAAAUGGACCAAGAGACACUUGUCCUGGAGAAUCAGGACCUUUCCUAAGGAGUCGGCCUUGUUGGGGAGGGACACCGUUCGAGCUCUUAUGUACUACGCCUUGAAGGUCUGGAGCGACAUUGCUCCCCUUAACUUCCAUGAGGUGGCCGGCAGUGACGCAGACAUCCAGAUCGACUUCACCAAGGCGGAUCACAAUGACGGCUACCCCUUUGAUGGGCCAGGGGGGACUGUGGCUCACGCCUUUUUUCCUGGUGAGAAGUUCACAGCGGGGGACACACACUUUGAUGAUGAUGAGGCCUGGACCUUCAGAUCACCAGACUCUGAUGGAAUGGAUCUGUUUGCGGUCGCAGUCCAUGAGUUUGGUCACGCCAUCGGCCUGGUUCACACCUCAGCCAUGGAGUCCAUUAUGCGACCGUACUACCAAGGUCCUGUAGGCGACCCUCUGAAAUACGACUUACCCUACGAAGACAAAGUCCGCGUCUGGCAGCUCUACGGCGUCAGAGAGUCGGUGUCCCACACCAAUCGACCGGGAAACCCCUCCCAGACAGCUGAGCCACCUGUCCUGUUGGACCUUCCUGAGAACAGAUCCACCGUCCAGCUCGCGCGAGACGCCCCAGACAGAUGCACCAGUCACUUUGAUGCAGUGGCCCAGAUACGAGGAGAGGCCUUCUUUUUCAAAGGGAAGUAUUUCUGGCGGCUGACAAGAGAAAAACACCUGGUGUCUCUGCGUCCUGCUCAGAUCCAUCGUUUCUGGAGAGGUCUGCCGCCCAACCUGGACAGUAUCGAUGCUGUCUAUGAAAGGCCUGGUGAUCACAAGAUAGUCUUCUUCCAAGGUCUAAAGUACUGGGUGUUUAAAGACAAUAACGUGGAGGAGGGCUACCCUCGUCCAAUCAGUGACUUCGGCCUGCCAAUGGAGGGCGUGGACGCAGCUUUUGUCUGGCUGCACAAUGACAAGACCUACUUCUUCAAGGACAACCGCUACUGGCGCUACGAUGACCACCUGAGACGAAUGGACCUGGGCUACCCUAAAGACGCCACGCUUUGGAAAGGGAUACCACCACAUCUAGAUGAUGCCAUGAGGUGGUCUGAUGGCUCUUCCUACUUCUUCAAAGGGAAGGAGUACUGGCGUGUGCUGGGCAGUGAUAUGGAGGUGGAGGCCGGGUACCCGAGGCUUAUCGCCAAGGACUGGCUGGUGUGCACCGAAAUGCAGUCGGACUCUCCAGACACGGAGGCCAAAAGCACCGAGACACGGGUCAAUGGGCAGCACCGCCCCGACCACGCCGAGAACGGCUACGAGGUUUGCUCCUGCACCUCCGACACCGCCUCGCCUGCGGGGGCGCUCCCGUCCCCCUCCUACCUCUGGCUGCUGCUGGUGCUCUCUCUGGUCCUCAACUCUGCACCGCUAUGA